UGUCUCUCUCGCGGUCUCUUUUCUUUUUUUCAGAAAACAAAGCGAAGCGGGUUUCAUCUAUUUUCUCCCUUUCUCUUCGAUUCUACGAUCGACUCCUCCAUUGCAAAGAAUGUCUGGCGAUCCAAGCCCUAGCAGCAACAAUGGUGGACUUGAACAGGCGUCUGUUAAAGUCCCCUCCAAAGACCCCAAGAAGAAAAAGGACGAAGAUCUGUCAGACGAAGAUCUGGCUCUGAAGCAGCAAUUGGAACUCUACGUCGAGAGGGUUCAGGAUUCAGACCCUGGCGUCCAGAAACUCGCCCUCGAGAGCAUGAGGCAGGAGAUUCGGACAUCAACAAGCUCAAUGACAUCCGUUCCAAAGCCUCUGAAAUUCAUUCGUCCCCAUUAUGGCACUCUAAAAGCGUUUUAUGAAACGAUGGCAGAUUCAGAUUUGAAGAAAUACCUAGCAGACAUACUUUCAGUUUUGGCCUUGACUAUGUCUGCAGAAGGGGAAAGAGAAAGCUUGAAGUACAGGCUUUUGGGUACAGAGGGAGAUAUUGGUUCAUGGGGCCAUGAAUAUGUUCGGAACCUUGCUGGUGAAAUUGCACAGGAGUUUGCGAGGAGACAGCAGGUUGAAGAAGCCCCAAUUGAUGACUUGAUGGAGUUGGUGCAGCAGAUUGUUGCUUUUCACAUGAAGCACAAUGCCGAACCAGAAGCAGUUGAUCUGCUAAUUGAGGUUGAAGACCUUGAUAUGUUAGUCGAUCAAGUGGACUUGACUAAUUACAAGCGCACAUGUCUUUACCUCACUAGUGCUGCCAGCUACUUCCCUGGACCAGAUGAUACAUUAGUGCUGGAUAUAGCAUAUCUUAUUUAUCAUAAGUUUGGAGAAUAUGCGAGUGCACUUCGUAUUGCGCUCUUCCAGGAUAACAUUCAGAAUGUGAAGCAGGUCUUUACAUCUUGUGAUGAUCUGACGCAGAAGAAGCAGUUCUGUUAUAUAAUGGCUCGACAUGGUGUUACAUUGGAACUUGAUGAAGAGAUGGUUGCAAAUGAGGAUGACAGAGAGGCCUUGCAAGAAAUUAUUAACAAUGCCAAAUUAAGUGAAGGGUAUCUUACCCUUGCACGGGACAUUGAGGUCAUGGAACCCAAAUCCCCGGAAGACAUCUACAAGGUACACCUGAUUGAUGGCCGAGCAAGUGCUGGUGCAAGUGUUGAUUCAGCCAGACAGAACUUGGCUGCUACCUUUGUUAAUGCAUUUGUGAAUGCGGGAUUUGGCCAGGAUAAGUUGAUGACUGUCCCUUCAGAAUCAUCAAGUGGAGGAUCUGCUGGAAGCUGGCUUUUCAAAAAUAAGGAACACGGGAAGGCCAGUGCUGCAGCAAGCUUGGGCCUGAUUCACCUAUGGGAUGUCGAUUCUGGCCUUGCACAAAUCGACAAGUAUCUCCACAGCAAUGACAAUAAUGUCAUCGCAGGAGCUCUUUUAGCGGUUGGCAUUGUCACCUGUGGUGUAAAGAGUGAUUGUGACCCUGCAUUGGCUCUUUUGGCUGACUACAUUAACAAAGAAGAUUCCAGCACCAGAAUUGGCGCAAUAAUGGGCCUUGGCCUUGCAUAUGCAGGUUCUCAAAAUGAGCAGAUUCGUGGGCAUUUAUCCCCAAUUCUGGGUGAUACAAAAGCGCCUCUAGAUGUUAUUGCAUUCACUGCAAUCUCACUGGGCCUAGUCUUCGUGGGCUCUUGCAAUGAAGAGGUUGCUCAAUCGAUUAUAUUUUCCUUAAUGGACCGCAGUGAGUCUGAACUGGGUGAGCCUCUCACUCGUUUUCUACCUCUAGGCCUUGGUCUUCUGUACCUUGGAAAGCAGGAAAGCGUCGAGGCUACUGCAGAAGUUUCAAAAACAUUCCAUGAAAAAAUCCGCAAAUACUGUGACAUGACCCUUCUGUCUCUUGCAUAUGCCGGAACUGGCGAUGUACUGAAGGUUCAAAAGCUCCUAGGAUACUGUGCCCAGCAUCUUGAGAAGGGUGAGACCCAUCAGGGACCUGCUGUAAUUGGAAUUGCACUUGUCGCAAUGGCUGAAGAACUUGGUCUUGAUAUGUCAAUUCGGUCAUUGGAGCAUCUAUUACAGUAUGGAGAGCAGAAUAUCCGACGAGCAGUGCCUUUGGCUCUUGGUCUUCUCUGCAUAUCAAAUCCGAAGGUUAAUGUUAUGGACACUUUAAGCAGGCUAAGUCACGACACUGAUUCCGAAGUGGCAAUGUCAGCUAUCAUAUCCUUAGGCUUAAUAGGUGCUGGCACUAAUAAUGCCCGGAUAGCAGGCAUGCUUCGGAACCUUUCGAGUUAUUAUUACAAAGAAGCAAACCUCCUCUUCUGCGUGCGGAUUGCUCAGGGUCUUGUACAUCUGGGGAAGGGGUUGCUGACUCUUGGUCCUUACCACUCUGACCGAUUCCUUCUGUCACCGACGGCACUUGCUGGAAUUGUAACCAUGCUGCACGCCUGUCUGGACAUGAAAUCAAUCAUCCUGGCGAAAUACCACUACGUUCUCUACUUCUUAGUUCUAGCAAUGCAGCCAAGGAUGCUGAUGACCGUGGAUGAGAAUCUAAAGCCUUUAACAGUGCCUGUUCGGGUGGGCCAGGCUGUGGAUGUGGUGGGCCAGGCCGGUCGGCCGAAGACCAUCACUGGAUUCCAGACUCACUCGACUCCGGUUCUGCUUGCAGCAGGCGAUCGAGCUGAGCUGGCCACCGAGAAGUAUAUCCCACUUUCGCCUGUCCUUGAGGGUUUCGUCAUCCUGAAAGAGAAUCCAGACUACAGGGAUGAACAGUAGUAAGUGGUCUCUUUCCUUAAACGCCAUCAUAUGUUGGACCACUGAAGUCGACCCAGCACCUCACCAUCUGUCGAGUUAUGGGAAUUGUGCGGGAGUAGAAGGGUUAGAGCUGUGUGCAGCUGCUGUUAGUCCAUUAACUUUGCCAACCAAAUGUAUCCCUCACCAGUGGAGAUAUGGAAAUGCCCACAUGUCAUUUGUCUCGCAGAUCUGUUAUUUGAUUUAUGUGGGAGUCUUUUAAUCAUUUUGUAUUUUUUUCAGGAUCAUGACUGUGACCAAAUGGUCUUACAUACCCUGUUAUUUAGGAUAAAAAGAGGAAGAGAGAGAAAUCAUGCCUAUCAUGUCACGCUAUGAUGGAGAUGCUUUCUCAUGCCCUAGUGGCAUGUUUGGCUUGCCAUGAUUUUGUAGCCUGCAUGGUAUUUGACACCCUGAGUGGCGUGUUUA